AUGGAAUAAACUUCAUUGGAUUUUAACAUAGAUAUUUCGCCUAAAAGAAUAACAAACCAUAUAGAGCCUGAUGUGGAUCUUACUGUUGACAAAUAUGAUUAAGUUUAUCAAAAUAAUCAAUAGGAAGAAGAGAUAGAAGCAGCUAAUGUAAAUUAAACGAUUUAUAUUAUUAGAAAGAUCUAUUAGUGCAAUAGUAUGAUAUAACUGAAGCAGCUCAUCCUUUUAUUUGUGUUGCUGCAGUAAUACUUACUGGAUUGCCAGGAUUGUGUUUUAUUGUUUUGUAGGAUAUGUCUAAUACAUAUAUGUUUGUUGGAUUAUUGCAAUUAGUGUAGUUUAUUCUGAUGAAGAAUUAUUUUGGAUUGAAAUUGGUUGGGCUGUGUUGGUGGCUUGAGGUGAAAGGAAAAAAAUGGAGUGUCUAAACUUAAUCUUAAGAGCAAUCGAAUUAAGUAGAUUAAUAUUUUUUUUGGGCAUGUCUUGUUUAUGGAACUAUUUAUUGGGGAAUAAUGUGUUUAGGUGACUUAAUUGGAUUCAAAGCUAUUUGGGUAAUCUAUUUAGAUUAUUUUUUAAAGUUGCCAUUACCAAUUAUGUGUCUUUUAUUAACUGCAACAAAUUUCCAAGGAUUUUACAAAUGCAGAGGGGAUCAUAAGAAAAAAUUAUAGCAAUUAAAAAGAGAAAUGGCCAAGAGUAGUUUGAAUAUAGUAGGAAUGAUAAUGAAAUGAGAU